AAAAAUGAUUAACUUUGAUACAUCAAAUUACAAUAUUGGUGUAUAAAUACCUGCUAUUAAUUAUAACCCAGGUAUUUAAAUAUUCCAAAUGUUCUCAUACAUAUAGCAAUGUGGUAUUGAUCCUUCAUAGAUUGAUUUGACAAUUGAUGGAUAAUACAUUUUUGACAUUUCAGAUUAGAAUUUCAUUUCAUAAUAUUUUAACCAAGAUACAACGUUGUAUAUAUUACCUAAACAACAACAACAACAAGCACAACCAACAUUUUAGGUCUGGGUUGAUGGAUAACAAGUAUUAUCAUAAUAAUUACAAAAUAUGCCCAUAAGUGAGGUAUAUAUAUUAUUGAAUAUCAAAUAGUUGUUAUAAGGUCUGAAUUUAGGAACAAAUUAUAAUAUUGAUUUUUAUGAUGGAAAUGGUCAAUUAUUAAUGUAAAAUGCUAAUCAAUAGUCUAAUUUAUACGAUUAUGCAAAUGGAUAGUAACUUGUAAACAUAAAUUUGACAACAUUAUAAAUUCAAAAUAAUCCUAAUUCUAAUUUUGGUUCUAAUCCUAAUAUUGGUUCUAAUCCUGGCGGGAAAACUGGAUCUUCAUUGUAAUAAGAUUAUAUUAAACAUUAGUAAUGAUGCUUCAAAACUUCUUGAAUCAUUGAUUUUGCUUAAGAAUGUGAGUUUAUUGAUAGAUCCAAAUGGUUAAUUUGCUGUUUAUAAAUUUCAUUUCCCAACUUUAGUUUAAGGAUAUCUUUAAAGAAGUAAAGGAAAAGACCCUUCAUCUUUUCAUGGCAUACAUAACUAUGAUUGGGUUAAAAAACAUGAUAUUUAGUAUUGCUCUUUAGAUGAUUAUGGAUUUGCUAUUGCUUGGGGAGAUGGAAAUAUAAGUUCAGUUAAAAUAAAAUAAUAGUGAUUAUUAUUAUAUAAAAAGUAAUGAAAAUAACGAUG